UGCGCGGCGUGAUCUGAAACGUCAGCUGAUUUUUCACGACGUUUUGCUUGGUGGCGUGCAAUCAAUCGUCCCUCGGCUUGCGCUUGCUGCUGAUGCGAUUCGGUCCGCUCUCCGUGCGGUUUUUGCAUGUUUUUGUAUGUGUCACGAAAAAAGUGCGUGGUCGAAUUGUGUUCUUGCCUUUUACACAAAGUUUUCUCCAUAGUGUUUUCUCUUUAAUAAAAGUAUUAUAAGUGCAAUAAGUGUUAAAGUUUACCGGUACAUGAAAAAGGUGUAAGUUUCUACGCAGUGUUAAGUUUUAAGGCUGGCCAGAUUUCAACAGAGAGUGACGGGACACGUUUUUUCUGUCCGCUGGUUGAAAGUUGUGCAAUUAUACCGUCAAGAAUCGAGAGCACGAGUCAAUUUCAACACAGAGAUUUUACGCACGCACGCACGGAAUAUAAAUCGGGACGUGAAGGAAAGUUUUGAUUCAUUUUGAAGCACUGCCACCCGAUUUGUCUUUUUUUCCUGAUUCAACCGGAAUAAUUCAUCGGUGAAAUUCUGUCAGAGGACAUCCAACAAAAGUACCAAUCAACGGAAUCAGAAUCAGAAAGAGCAACAAUGUGCAGCGAGGUGAACAACAGAAAGAUUGAGGAAACUCCCAGCUCAACGAAUCCGGCCGAUUACGGGUCCAAUCUGCGGAUCAUCGAAUGCAGUGCCCAGAUCCGGGAGCUUCAGACCAUCAUCAGGGACAAAAACACCACGCGCAGUGACUUCAAGUUCUACGCAGAUCGACUGAUACGGCUGGUCAUCGAGGAAAGCCUUAACCAACUGCCCUACUCGGACUGCUCCGUCGUGACGCCAACCGGAGCAAUCUACGAUGGACUCAAGUACCGGUCCGGGAAUUGUGGCGUUUCGAUCAUACGCUCGGGCGAGGCGAUGGAACAGGGACUGCGAGACUGCUGCCGAUCGAUUCGGAUAGGGAAAAUCCUGGUGGAAUCGGACGCCGAGACACACGCGGCACGAGUCGUGUACGCGAGGUUUCCGGAUGACAUUGCCAAGCGACAAGUGCUGCUCAUGUACCCCAUCAUGGCCACGGGGAACACCGUCAUACAGGCCGUCAAUGUGCUGAAAGACCACGGUGUCCCCGAAACGGCCAUCAUCCUGUCGAACCUGUUCUGCACACCGGUGGCCGCCUCGAUGGUGGUGUCCGCCUUUCCCGACAUGAAAAUACUGACCUCGGAGCUGCACGCCUCGGCACCGAACCACUUUGGCCAAAAGUACUUCGGCACGGACUAGUCCGUCCUGGGAGGGGGAAAGAAGGGACUACUAAUUGACUUUUUACUGCGAAUACUAAUGAUUCAUCCAGACACCGGGAAGUCAGCAACUCUACCUGCUAUCACCUACCACUACUACUCGCUCUUUAUUUAUUUAUUACCUUUUUUAUUUCAUAGCAUCAAUUGUGGUAAAAAAUUUACAUUUUUCGUUUCUGUCUAACACGAGUGGUGAGUGAGAUUGUGUUGAAAAAAAAAUCAAUAUUAAGCGAAUCAGCUCAGCUAGCAAGCCAGCAAACAAGGCGGGAUGCCCUCCUCUUGGCUAGAAGUAUGACUUAACUUAGUUUAUAGGCUCAAAGCGCGUUGUCAGAAUGCCAGAAUGUGGAAAGAAACUGAUCUUCGUUUUUUAGAACUCGUUAUUGUAA